GGAAGAUGGCGGCUGCGCAGGAGGACGACGGGACCCGGAGCCAACUGGCCACCGGCGGCGGCGGCGGCGGCGGCUCCGGGCAGCAGGUAACCAGCAAUGGCAGCGCCAGAGGGGAGGCCCCCGCAGAUACGCAGCCCCCGAAUCCGCCCCCACAGCCGGCACCCAAUGCCUGGCAGGUCGUCAAGGGCGUCUUGUUCAGGAUCUUCAUCAUCUGGGCCAUCAGCAGCUGGUUCCGGCGCGGCCCAGCGCCCCAGGACCCCAGCAGCCCCGGAGCGGCCCUGCGCGUGCCCAGCCGUAACCUGUUCCCCAAGGACACGCUGAUGACCCUGCACGUGUACGUCUCCGAGCACGAGCACUUUACAGACUUCAACAGUUCCAGCGCCCUGGUCUGGGAGCAGCAGGACCUGGUGUACGGGGACUGGACCAGCGGCGAGCAUGCCGACGGCUGCUUCGGCCACUACGCCGAGCUGCCCAUCCCCCAGAGCGUGCAGCAGAAUGGCUCCAUGUACCUCCACGUGUACUUCACCAAGAGCGGCUUCCACCCGGACCCCAAGCACAAGGCCCUGUACCGGCGCCUGGCCACGGUGCACACGUCUCGAAUGAUCAAUAAGUACAAGCGUCGCCGCUUCCAGAAAACCAAGAACCUGCUGACGGGAGAGACAGACGCGGACCCCGAGAUGAUUAAGCGGGCAGAGGAUUUUGGUCCGGUGGAAGUGAUCUCGCAUUGGCACCCCAACCUGACCAUCAAUAUCGUGGAUGACCACACGCCCUGGGUCAAGGGCAGUGUACCCCCACCGUUGGAUCAGUAUGUGAAGUUUGACGCGGUCAGCGGUGACUACUAUCCCAUCGUCUACUUCAAUGACUAUUGGAACCUGCAGAAGGAUUAUUUCCCCAUCAACGACUCCGUGCAGCACCUGCCCCUGCACCUCUCCUUCUGCCCGCUGUCCCUGUGGCGCUGGCAGCUCUAUGCCGCCCAGAGCACCCGCUCCCCCUGGCACUUCCUGGGCGAGGACCUGUACGAGCAGUCUGAUGAGGAGCAGGACUCGGUCAAGGUGGCCUUGCUGGAGACCAACCCUUACCUGCUGGCCCUGACCAUCGCCGUCUCCAUCGUGCACAGCAUCUUUGAGUUCCUGGCCUUCAAGAACGACAUCCAGUUCUGGAACAGCCGGCAGUCGCUGGAAGGCCUGUCCGUCCGCUCUGUGGUCUUCGGGGUCUUCCAGUCACUCGUGGUUCUGCUGUACAUCCUGGACAACGAGACCAACUUUGUCGUGCAGAUCAGCGUCUUUGUCGGUCUGCUCAUCGACCUGUGGAAGAUCACCAAGGUCAUGGACAUCCGGCUGGACCGCGAGCACAAGGUGGUGGGUGUGUUUCCACGGUUGACGUUUAAGGACAAGUCGACCUACGUCGAAUCCUCCACCAAGGUCUAUGAUGAUAUGGCAUUCCGGUAUCUGUCCUGGACUCUCUUCCCUCUUCUGGGCUGCUACGCGGUGUACAGCCUGUUGUAUCUGGAGCACAAAGGCUGGUACUCGUGGGUGCUCAGUAUGCUCUACGGCUUCCUGCUGACCUUCGGCUUCAUCACAAUGACGCCCCAGCUGUUCAUCAACUACAAGUUGCAGUCGGUGGCCCAUCUGCCUUGGCGCAUGCUCAGCUACAAGGCGCUCAACACCUUCAUCGACGACCUGUUUGCCUUCGUCAUCAAAAUGCCCAUGAUGUACCGCAUUGGGUGCCUGCGUGACGAUGUGGUGUUCUUCAUAUACCUCUACCAGCGCUGGAUCUACCGAGUGGACCCCACGCGGCUCAAUGAGUUUGGGACCAGCGGGGAUGGGCUGGCGGCGCCCAGCGGGCCCUCCACCACAGGGGACACUGUGCGUCCGGAGCCGGGGGCCGGCUCCCCCGCCACGGGGGCCCCCAAGCCUUUAGAGGACAAGAAGAGGGAUUAGCCGCCGUCCCGGCCGACCCGCACCCCUGGGCCGAGGAGCGCCCCCCGCCGCCCCCCGGCACCGGGGCCCGCGGACCGUGGGGGGAGUGGGGAGCGGCCCCG